AUGCAUUUCAGUGCUCCACUCGUCGGCGCCUUUGCCGCCGCUGUGGUGGCCAGCCCGCUUGUUCCACCCAAGAUUCUUGCCUAUACAAGUUGGGAUUUUGCCCUUCUUGAUACCGCGAUUCCAGUGUGCAACCCCAACGUCACCGAUUAUAGCAUUGUCAUCUACCACCGCCGAGCCAGAUACAACACUGCCUGCGAUAGCAUUUCUGCGGACCUCAACUCGACCAACGUCAAGAGUAUCUCAUGGAAGAGCCCCAUUGAUGAUGACGCACAUGACCUUUGCAUGUUCAGCACGGAUGACUGCUCGGGUGGAUCGGGUGCCUUGUUGGAUUCCAUCACCGACAGGUGGGAGGUCUGCUAUCCGUACAGCGGCUUCCGAAGCUUCUCUGUGGUCACGCAUGGGGAACCUUGUGUUUGA